AUGCCUAACCAACGAGUCCCUGACGAGGAGGCCCGCAUGAUUGCCAAGAUCUACUCGACCGACUUCUACAGGAAAGUAAGCGACCUCGCGCGCAAUCCCAGCGGUACUGUCUAUGAUCCCACCAUGGGUCCUCCCCCUCCAUCCCCAGCCUUCAAAGAAUUCCGUCCUAUGCCUCCAAGCUCUCAAGCUCCACGACCGGACACACCUCGCCCAGAGGAUCACUAUGGAGCCGGAAUGAUUAUCCCAGGGAAGGCGGUUGUCAACGACAACUGGGAAGAAAACUUGCGACGCGUCAUCGGCCCGAAUUACGGUGGCUACCGCUGGAAGAGUCUAGGAGACAUGACGAUGAGAUGCUGGCAGCACGUCCGAGAGAAGGGAAACCGAACCCAGAGGGGCACAAAAUGGAGUAUGGACGAGAUUGAGCGUUACGGGAGACUCUCAGUCUGGGGCGUUCAUAAGGAUGUGAUUGGAGCACUCAUGGGCUGGCCAGUUAAUCCACAAUGGACUCGUGAGGAGGAAGAUCACUUCGAGGCGGCUGUUCAGGAUGAGUUGAGCAAGAACCCCAUGAAGAAUAGUGAGCGACACACGAUUGCGUUGUAGGGGGAUGGAGACAAGGGAUGAGACGAACAUGGU